AUGCCCUCCAAUGCUACAGGGGACACUGAUCCCAAGGCGAGUUGCCUUCUGGCCACACAUGCUCCUUGCAGCUCUUCCUUGCUGUUAAGCAACCGGGGCGGCCACUCCCCUCCGUCCUGGGCGAGGCUUACCAAUCGAGAUCUCCUGCGCGAAGGCCAGCGAGAUGAGCAGCAGCGGCAGCCCCACGGCAAUGCACGUAACCAUCUUGUCCACGGCCAGCUCCAGUCGCAGCCCCUUGAACUUAGGCUCGGUGGGCUCCUUCAGCAAGAAAUCCGAGAACACGUACUCCGUGGCCAGGUGGGCGAUGGCCAUGGCUGCGGCGCGCCAGGCUCGGCCAGGCAGGACUUGGUACUGCCGGCGUCGGGAGAGCUGCGCGGCUCCUUCACCCUGUCACUGGCCGGGCGUGCGGCUUUCGCUUUCCCUUUACCUGCUCCCCAGAUGCUCUCGCAUCCCGCCUGCCUUUGUGUCUCGGUGCCUCCGGCUCCCAGCGACCCCGCUGGGCUCUCGCGCUCGCUGCCUCCGCCGCCGGCGGGGCGGGGCGGGGACCCGGGCGCUCCGGUUCCUGCGGUCCCACCUCGCGCGCUCAGCCGGUGUAAGUCCCCGGGGCGCGCGCGGCACUCGGAUUCGCGCCUCUCCCGCGCGCCCGCAGGCGCGGGAACCACGCGCGAGACAAAGCGCUUCCCUCUGGCCCUGCGCCUACGCGUCGCCCCGGCUGCAGAAGAGGCCUCCGGGCCUGCCCUGCGCUCUCUGCCAGCCGCGCCGCGCUCUUCCGGAACCAUCCGGGGAAACCGAGUACCCAGGGGCGUGGAGCUUCCGGAGACGCGGUGACGCGAGGCGGGGUGGGCGCGGCUGCAUCCAGCGCCCCUCGGGCCCGCUCUCCGACAAAGGGAUUUUCCCGCUGAGCGGCACCUUUGAAAAUUCUCCCGUCCCUCCCGGCCGCAUUCUCCUCACGUCCUGGCACCCGGGAAUUUUAAAAUCAUUUCUGCAAGCAACUCUUUCUGUGGACGGGAUGGCCCCCUUUACGCCCCACCCCUAACAUUUCCAACACAGUGAAAUGGGUUAGAAGGAGCUGUAAAAACUUCAAAGAAGAGUCAGUGCCGUAAAAGGCCAAUCGAGCGGUGUAGACAGACGGUCCCUUGCAGAGGGAGCGCUGGACCCUUCCAGGAGCUCCGCGUGAGAUGGUGGCGUGGAAACGCUGGAGACAAGCACUCUUCAGCUCCUCUGGUGUGUGCAUUUCUGUUGGAAGCAACCAGGCUGUGUGCCAAUGGAGAUGAGCCUACACCUGGCUGAGAGGGUCUGUAGCAGCAUGACUUGUGCACUGCUUCAUGGUGAGUAGACUCCCAUUUCAGGAGUGCUUGAUCCCUAUGGCUCUCUCUUGGGUAUUUGGUGCAUUCUACAUUCACAGGGAGAUACACUCACAGUUGGUGGUCUGGCCACACAUAUCAAUUCCUUGCUGAUUCAAGCCAUGGUUUUAAUUGCUUUUCUGAGAA